AUGCCUCGAGCAGAAGUAGGAACACCGAAAUAUCUCGCCAAUGCGAUGAAAUCUAAGGGGCUCCAAAAGCUCCGCUGGUAUUGUCAAGUGUGCCAGAAACAAUGUCGGGACGAGAACGGGUUCAAAUGCCACACGCAAUCCGAGGCCCAUUUGCGACAGAUGCUGGUUGUUGGCGAAAAUGCUGGCCGUCAUAUCUCCGAUUUCUCGUCUCAAUUCCAGUCCGAAUUCGUUACUUUGUUAUCCAGGAGAUUCGGCACUAAGCGAGUCAGGGCAAACCAGGUGUACCAGGAGUUUAUCCAGGAUAAACACCACCUGCACAUGAACGCGACACGAUGGGUUACGUUGACCGAGUUUGUUAAACAUCUGGGCCGCACUGGAGUUGCCAUUCCCAAAGCUCUUGCCAAGGCGGACGCAGCUCGUAAGAAGGAGCGUGCAACGACAUCUGACGAGCAGCGUGAACGAAAUUUGAUUGCGGAACAAAUUGAGCGUGCCAAGGAGACUGGGGCGCAGGAUGAUGAAGAUACUACCGAGGCUGUCACGCAGGGACUGCAACGAGAUGAAGGGGAGAAACUUGUUCUUUCAUUCGGAGCAAAGAAACAGAGCCCACCAGUCGAGGAGAGCAAGAAUGAGGGAGAAGAUACGAAGGUCAAGGUGGAAGAUCAAGAGCCAGCACCGGCUCCUGUUGCGCCUUCCUCUGUCAAACCUAUCAACGUCUUCAAACCAGGAAAUGCUUUCAAAGCUGGCGCGAACCCAUUGAAAGCGGGGAAUGCUCUGAAAUCAGGGAACGUUUUCAAGGCCGCCAAGCCUGCCACAGGCUCCUCGGCUGAUGCUUCAAAGAAACGGCCUAUGUCUGCUGCAGAGGCGUUAAUCUUCGAGGAACAAGAGCGAAAGCGACGACGGAUGGAAAAGAAUCACGCAAACUAG